GGUCCUGGCACAAAGAAGGUUCAUGUCAUCUUCAACUACAAAGGCAAGAACCAUCUGAUUAACAAGGACAUCAGAUGCAAGGAUGAUGAGUACUCCCACUUGUACACACUGAUUGUCAACCCCGACAACACUUACGAAGUCAAGAUCGACAAUAAGAAGGUCGAGUCCGGCAAUCUGGAGGAUGACUGGGACUUCCUGCCUCCCAAAAAAAUUAAGGACCCUGAAGCCAAAAAGCCAGAGGACUGGGAUGACAGGGAGAAGAUUCCCGACCCUGACGAUAAGAAAACAGAGGACUGGGACAAGCCCGAGAACAUCCCAGAUCCUGAUGCUAAGAAGCCCGAUGACUGGGAUGAUGAGAUGGACGGAGAGUGGGAGCCACCUAUGGUCACUAACCCUGAAUACAAGGGUGAGUGGAAGCCCAGAGAGAUCAGCAAUCCUGCCUACAAAGGCAAGUGGAUUCACCCUGAGAUUGACAACCCGGAGUACACGGCUGAUUCUGAGAUUUAUAAAUAUGACAGCAUCGGUGUGAUUGGUCUCGACUUGUGGCAGGUCAAGUCUGGUACUAUCUUUGAUAACUUCCUGAUCACCAACGACCCAAUCCUGGCAGAGGAAGUAGGCAACGACACAUGGGGUAAAACUAAGGACGCAGAGAAGAAGAUGAAGGAAAGCCAAGAGGAGGAGAGGAAGAAACAUGAGGAGGAGGACAAGCAGAGGAGAGAAGAGGCAAAGGAGGAAGACGAGGAGGAAGAAGAGAAGGAUGAGGAGGAGGAGGAAGAUGAAGAAGAGGAGGAGGACGGGGGGGAAGAGCAGGAGGAGGAGGAAGAAGAGGAUGAUGAAGGCACAGACUCUAAACUCAAGGACGAGUUAUAAACUGCUCUGAAAAUAACCAGACUGUCAAUGAGCCAUUGGAACAAGGCUGGAGACUGAGAUGAUGGACCCUCAUCCUCAUGACUGACACCCGGGCUGGGGGUUGGGUGGGAUAGGUUUUUCUUCAUUUCUUUGUUUGUUUACAAAACAAGGGAGUAGGUGGAAAAGGGUAAUUAUUGGUCUGUUUCCAUGUGCUACUACUACUUUUAUUAUUAUAUUAGUAUUAUUAUUAUUAUUAUUAUUAUUAUUAUUAUUAUUAUUAUUAUUAUUAUUAAAUAUAAUAAUAAUAUU